AUCUCCACAAUCCCCAAAACUCACUCACUCUUUCAACACUUGCUCUCUCUCCAUUAAUCUUUAAGAUAAUAAACCUAAUUGUUUCUGUGAGAUUCUUCUGAGGCUUGAAGCUCAAAAGCUAUGGCUUCCCUUUCAGUCUCUUCCUCUUCGACCAUCAUCGAUUCGAGAGCUCCUCCUUCUCGGCAAGCCUCCGCCUCCGCCUCUUCUCCGUCGUGUAUUUCACUUCCCACACUUCCUCCUCCUCCGAUUCAGUCUCAUAGCCGCGCCGCUAAAGCCACUGCUUACUGUCGGAAGAUUGUGAGGAACGUUGUCACGAGAGCUACUACUGAAGUUGGUGAAGCUCCUGCCACUACUACCGAAGCUGAGACUACUGAGUUACCUGAAAUCGUCAAGACUGCUCAAGAAGCUUGGGAGAAAGUGGAGGACAAGUACGCUAUCGGUUCUCUUGCCUUUGCUGGUGUAGUGGCUCUUUGGGGAUCUGCUGGAAUGAUUUCGGCAAUCGAUAGGCUUCCAUUGGUUCCUGGUGUUCUUGAACUUGUAGGCAUCGGUUACACAGGAUGGUUCACUUACAAGAACCUGGUCUUCAAACCAGACAGGGAGGCUCUGUUUGAGAAGGUCAAGAACACAUACAAAGACAUAUUAGGGAGCAGCUGAAUCAAAGGAGGAGGAAGAAGAAGAAGAGCCUUUUUGGGGGGCCAUUCAUGAAUUCGAAUGAAGGAUAGAUAUCAAAAGAAUCUAACACAAAGGCCACGUCCUUCCUUCAAUCUUUCCUUCUUGUAACUAAAUAAUUUUCAUCCUUUCUUUCUCUGUCUCUUGGUCUUUUUUUAGCUCAAAAUAUCAUCCAUUUAUGUCAAGUGUUGUAAAUUCCUCAAGACUAUAUAUGAGAUGUUUUAUUUCAUUUUCCAAAUUUUCAAA